AUGGCUGAGAAGGACUCGACAACGAAGCACAACCCUGUCCCUAUCCACAAGAAACCAGAGGAGCAAGUCUCAACAGCUGAAGCUACCUCAUCUGCCCAAAUAGAGCAAGUCGAACAUGGGUUGGCUGAGAAGGCGGCGCAGAAAGUGCUCCGGGAAAACCAGAGAGCGGAUUCAGAUCCUCAGGGGCGAUCCCCGACAGGCACAAAUGAAUCUCCUGUGAAAGGGCUCUCAAACGAGGACCUUUGGAUGUUAAUCAGGUGGUUCAACGAUCAAGUCCACAACGUCAAAGCCGUGCCCGCCCCUCCUCCGGGUGAUUUCGACCUAUAUAGGACAAAGGAGGAAGGUUUCUCGCCAGAUACGCUCAGGUCUGCCAUUGAGCGGUUUUACGCAAUGGUAGUAAUUGGCUCAUUAACGUUUCCAAACGUUUUGUUCGACUGCGUUCGUGGAAAGAGACUCGGCGAACAGCAGCGUUCUGUCUAUUUUGCUGCUUGGGUCCUGGACCUUAUAAUACCAACAGCUCUCAGCACGCUGCUUGUUUCCGAAACUGGCGGUGCUCAACAACCGAAAGUUGGUGUAGUGGGAUCAAAGGGCACCGUCACAGGCGCUCCCGAGAAGUUCAAGGGUGCCUCCCGUCUGGCUUUGGAAUGCGCUGGUGGAAAAUAUGACGACGAAGCGCAAGCAGAUGACGAAAAUGAAACCUCAUCUUUAGGAGAUCCUGCGAACAUCGCGUCUAAAACAGCAGAUGCGGCAACCGCUUCCCGUGGCGGUAUGCCCAGUGAGGAACAUGACAAGACUAAGGAGCAUAUGAUGGAGAUUAUCCGGGAAAAGGCAAUACAGAUAACGGUGUUGAUUGAUGGUUUUUCGGAUGUAUACGAAAGACUCAGCAAGUAUGCCAUUGUUCGCACAAUUAGUUCCCAACAGGGGGAAUGUUUCGCAGACAUUCUGACUGGCAGUGCCCUUUCUCCAAAACCCCCGUUCAUAUCGAGUUGGCCUCGAAUACGAAUAGCGCUUCUCUUAAGUUUUGCGACUGCAGUUAUCCUGCUAACACCAAGUUAUAUAUUCAUCAAAACAGGCACGUUUCUUGCGGGAUUUGGUUUCUUUGGGGAUCCGAUUAUCGGUAAAGCCACAGGACUAUUGGAUCGGAAGCCACGCAAUCCGACGCAGGCGAAAGGGGAAGGAGGAAACCUCAUAUUUAGAGGUGUACCAACAAACGCUCAACUUACCCUUACCAUCUUUCGAAUUGGAGAAGCGUGCGGCUAUCCCGUCCCAGCUCCUCCCGUUUCUUUGAAAUCAAAAACAUCAGAGUCUGUUUCCACAGCAGAGGAAGAACUACCUCAGGAGUUCUUAGAUGCUGACAUCAACCCAGAAUCGCCAGAAAAUUCCAGCGAAACCGGAGAGAAAUCCCCAGCCAAGGCGGAGCCGGAAAAGAAAACCUGGGAGGAGCCACUGAGGCCGGAGUUGAAACGAAGCUUGCUUAUGAUUACACUAAAACCGCUCUUGGGUCAAUGGCUUCUAAGCAGUAUCUUGGAAUACUUCGCAAGAAACGCCAAUCUUCACAGUCGACCUCACCCACGACAUUUAGAGCAAGCAAGGUACAAGGGGCAGAAGGGAGCUAUCAUCAUCGCGUCGCCUCCUUCAACGCAACCAUUAAUGCUUUAUUUUACCACCGAACCGGGACAACAAUCCAAGGACUUUAACAUCGAAGAAGGGAAGAAGAAAGGGACUAUCUUGUUUUCAAUUUCAAUUAAUGAAAUUCAAGUAUUGAAGAAGAUUAGUGUUAUGGGAUGGACAGAGAAACUGCUUGUGGGAUGGUCAGAGCCUAACAAAGAGGUGGUUGACGGUUUGGCGAUCUCGGGGAAGAACGCGGAGCAACAGUAUCAAGUCACAGCAAUCGGGCGAAGAGACUCUCUGUUUAACCGUCUCAUUUCUAUGAACGGAACAUUUUGGGACAUUUAUUGA